AGCUUACACGGGAAGUGUCAUGCGCACAUGUCUUCUGGCGCCAUCACAGUCCAUUUUGAAAAAAAAUUGAAUCUCUCUGUCAGCUCUAACCCGCCCACAUAUCAUAUCACAUCAUCUUAUAAAGUGCAGUGUAAACACAGAGGAGCACUCGCUGUCUGAAAUCGUGUCGUGUGUUUAUUUCCUGAGGAUUUUGCGAAGAAAGGGUCUCUUGUUGUUGAUGGCAGCGAUGGAGCAAAUGCAUCAGAAGCAGCAGAAGUUCGCUGAGCAACAAGCAGAUGAAACAGAAGACAUGCAGCAUGGCCCUUUCCCCAUUGAACAGCUCCAGGCAUCUGGGAUUGCUUCUUUGGAUGUGAAAAAGCUUAAGGAUGCUGGUUUAUGCACAGUGGAAUCUGUGGCUUACUCUCCCAGGAAGGAUCUUCUGCAGAUUAAAGGAAUCAGUGAUGCAAAAGUUGAUAAGAUUAUUGAAGCAGCUUCAAAGCUUGUUCCAUUGGGUUUCACUAGUGCCAGCCAACUCCAUGCACAACGGCUUGAGAUCAUUCAAAUAACUUCAGGAUCAAGAGAACUUGAUAAGAUCUUAGAGGGAGGCAUUGAAACUGGAUCUAUAACUGAAAUUUAUGGUGAAUUUCGCUCUGGAAAGACACAGUUGUGCCACACAUUAUGUGUUACUUGUCAGCUUCCUUUGGAUCAAGGAGGUGGCGAAGGGAAAGCCAUGUAUAUUGAUGCAGAGGGAACUUUCAGGCCACAGAGAUUGCUACAAAUAGCAGAGAGGUUUGGUUUGAAUGGUGCUGAUGUAUUGGAGAAUGUUGCUUAUGCUAGAGCCUAUAAUACUGAUCAUCAAUCAAGGCUUUUGCUGGAAGCGGCUUCAAUGAUGGUUGAGGCCAGGUUUGCUCUUAUGAUAGUGGACAGUGCUACUGCUCUAUACAGAACAGAUUUCUCAGGUAGGGGGGAGCUGUCAGCCAGGCAGAUGCAUCUUGCAAAGUUUCUCAGGAGCCUUCAAAAGUUGGCAGACGAGUUUGGUGUAGCUGUGGUGCUUACCAAUCAAGUUGUUGCACAAGUGGACGGGUCUGCUAUGUUCGCUGGGCCACAAAUAAAGCCUAUUGGUGGGAAUAUAAUGGCACAUGCUUCUACCACCAGGCUUGCUUUUCGCAAGGGAAGGGGGGAGGAACGCAUAUGUAAAGUAAUAAGUUCUCCUUGCUUGGCAGAAGCUGAGGCACGCUUUCAGAUUUCACCAGAAGGAGUUGUUGAUGUUAAGGACUGAACCCACAAGUAAAUCAAUCCAUUUUCCAGUGUUGCUUCCUUCUUAGCUUCAAUAUAAGCUCUUACCUGUCUAUUGCAAGUCCUAAUUGGUUCAUAUACCAGCCAAGAGCCAAACAUUUGGGUGUCUCCAUGUGGCUAUGUUGCUAUGUUACUUAUGAUAGAGCACUUCUUUUGAUCCAUGGUAAGAAAGGCAGUUUUUGCCCGUAGAAGCUCUAGAAAUGGAAGGUUCUGGUAGCUCUUUUUCUUGUUUGGUCAAGUAUCAGACAGCUUUGAAGUUUUUGUUGGUUUUAUUCCAAUGCACUCAUAAAAGUGCAAAUAUUUGUCAAUGAUAUGACAAUCAUGAUUUUUGUGUAGAUUGUGGCAACGUAAUGUGGCUUGUUUUAUGUUUAUGGGGGCUCUUGAGAGGAUAGCAAUUUAAACCUUUGGAUUGUUAGUGAUUAAAUGAUCUGGAAUGGGAAAAUAUACUGCUUGUGAAUGUCGUUA